AUGGAGUCAGAACCGGUCCAGUAUUCUGACAGACACAUCCUUGCUGAUGGAGUUCUCCACUUAGGCAGUUUGGAGCUGUCUAAGGAGGCUGAUACUGCAAAUGGAAACCAUGACUUCAGCAAGAAAACUAACAGUGAGAACCAGAAAGGUCUACAUAGGACACGAACUACAUUCUCUCAGGAGGAAGUGGCUUUGCUGAGGGAGGAAUUCAAAAAGAACCCAUAUCCAACCUCCAGUGCCAAGAAGGAAAUAGCUUCAAGAAUGAACAAGGAACCCACAGUAGUGCAGGUCUGGUACAAGAACCAACGAGCAAAAUGCAAGAAACUCAAAUGUGGCACUCAGAAGGAACAAGUACACCAGCAGUCACCCCAAGUCCAAGAGCAACACCGGCAGUCAUGCCAAGGCCAAGAGCAACACCGGCAGUUAUGCCAAUUACAGCAUCAACAGUUACUUCCAUUCCAAUUUCAACAAUCACCUCAAGUCCAAUGUCAGCCAUCACAUCUACUCCAACAGCUGCCAUCACCUCAUUUCCAAUACCAGCAGUUCCCUCAAGUCCAACACCAGCCGUUAUCUCAACUCCAAACUCAGCCGUCACCUCUACACCAACACCUGACAUCACCUCACGUCCAACACCACCAGUUCCCUCAAGUACAACACCAGCUGUCACCUCUAGUCCCACUUCAGUUCCCUCAAGUCCAACACCAACAAUUGCCUCAAGUCCAAAGUCAGCAGUCACUUCAGGUCCAACACCAGCUGUCACCUCUAGUCCUACUUCAUCUACCUCAAGUCCAACACCAGCAGUCACCUCAAGUUCAAUACCAGCACUCAACUCAAGUCCAACACCAGCAGUCACCUCAAGUCCAACACCAGCUGUCACCUCAAGUCCCUCUUGAGUCACCUCAAGUCCCUCUUGAGUCACCUCAAGUCCCUCUUGAGUCACCUCAAGUCCAACACCAACUGUCACCUCAAGUCCCUCUUGAGUCACCUCAAAUCCAACACCAACUGUCACCUCAAGUCCCUCUUGAGUCACCUCAAGUCCAACACCAGCAGUCACCUCAAGUCCGACUUGAGUCACCUCAAGUCCAACACCAGCAGUCACCUCAAGUCCCUCUUGAGUCACCUCAAGUCCAACACCAACUGUCACCUCAAGUCCCUCUUGAGUCACCUCAAAUCCAACACCAACUGUCACCUCAAGUCCCUCUUGAGUCACCUCAAAUCCAACACCAACUGUCACCUCAAGUCCGACUUGAGUCACCUCAAGUCCGACUUGAGUCACCUCAAGUCCAACACCAGCAGUCACCUCAAGUCCAACACCAGCUGUCACCUCAAGUCCCACUUGAGUUACUUCAAGUCCAACACCAACUGUCACCUCAAGUCCUUCUUGAGUCACCUCCAGUCCAAUACCAGCAGUCACCUCAAGUCCAACUUGAGUCACCUCAAUUCCAACUUGAGUCACCUCAAGCUCAUCGUCAGCUGUCACCUGAAGCCCAACGCCAACAGUCACCUCACGUUCAAUGCCAGUGGCCACUUCAUGGUGGAGUCAAUGAGAGUCCAUCCCAGAGUAAGAACACACCACCAGAAAGCCCUACCAGCAUCCUGCCUGAAGCUCACAUUUACACCAACAAUGCUAUGCCCUCAUUCCAACUCUGCCUGUACCCUGACCUUAAGGACUCCAAGUAUCCCCCUAAGGGCCAUAAGAUGAUCCAUUUUGGUUGUUGCCAGGACUCUGCCAUAUACUGGCUCCGACCCAUCUUUCGGUCUCGCAAACGCCUCUCCAACUUCCCGAUAAAUUGCUUUGACUCCAGACCCACAAAAAAGAGAAGGAAGCUAGAAACAAGGACAUUUGAUGGUUGACAUGUUUUGGAAUUUUUUUGGUUUUGUUUUGUUGAGACUUGGUCUUCCAAUGUAGACUGGUUGGCCUGAUACUAUGUACCCCAAGAUGACCUAGAAUCAUGGCUAUCCUGCUGCUUCCUACUCC